AUGGCUCCUCCUGCGGCUGAGCUGUCACAUCUGCCCAAGGCCGACGGCUCCGCAAACUUCUCCUUUGGCGGCUACACAAUCACAGCCGCCGUCAAUGGACCAGUAGAGGCUCAGCGCCGGGAUGAGAAUCCCUUUGAAGCGCUGGUGGAUGUGAAUGUGAGGCCGGCGGCGGGCGUUGGAGGAACUGCUGAGCGGCAGCUGGAGGCCAUUCUGCAGCCUGCUCUGCGACAUCUCAUCGCCAUCAGGAAUUUUCCCAGAUGCGUGGUGCAGGUCACGCUCCAGGUCAUGGAAGCGCCCGAAAACGCCUAUGUGAACAGCAAGGUGAUGCAGCCCCGGCUGAACCUCGGAAUCAUCCCAUCGCUUCUGCACGCCGCGAUGCUCGGUCUUCUUACUGCCGCCAUCCCUUUAAACACAGUGGCCUCGGCAACCUGCCUGGCUGUUACGAAUGCCACAGCGGGUAGCACAAUCAAGGUAGACCCGUCACCGACGGAAAUCGACCAAGCGACCUCUGUUCACGUGCUGGGCUUCACGGCUGGCCGGGACCUUCUCCUGGCCGAGAGCGAGGGCUCCUUCACAGCAGAGGAGUGGGACAGGGUUCUCCAGACGGCCGAGAACGUGUGCUGUCGCGGCCAGGAGACUGGAAACGACGCGGAAAUGGGAGGCUACGGGGCAGAGUCCGAGAAUGUGCUACAUUUCAUGCGCUCCGUCCUGGAAGCUAAGGCAGCCGAGAGCCUCCACUGGAGGUGA